AAUAUCCCACAUCGCUACUAAGAAUUUCAUUGCAAAAAAAAUAAAAUAGGAAACGAGGCAAACGGCAACGGCUACAGCAACUGCAAGAAAGCAUUAACGGAGAAGAGAGUUGGAGAGUUUCGGCAGCCCAGGGCGUGUGUUAGCAACUGCAAAAAGUGCUAAAUAGAUUUAUCCCGAGACAGCCACAGUGACAUCGCAAGCAGCAAAAUGAGCGGAGGCAUGGACAAGAGAAAACUCUCGACAUCGGGAGACUCGCUGUACGAGAUCCUGGGACUUCCGAAGACUGCCACCGGAGACGAUAUCAAGAAGACAUACCGGAAGCUGGCACUCAAAUACCAUCCGGACAAGAACCCCGACAAUGUCGAUGCUUCCGAUAAGUUCAAGGAGGUGAACCGGGCGCACUCGAUACUGAGCGACCAGACCAAACGCAAUAUCUACGACAACUACGGCUCUCUGGGACUGUAUAUAGCCGAGCAGUUCGGCGAGGAGAAUGUGAAUGCAUACUUUGUGGUCACAUCGCCGGCGGUGAAGGCCUUGUUUAUCUGCUGUGCAGUGGUCACCGGCUGCUGUUGCUGUUGCUGCUGCUGCUGUUGUUGCAACUUCUGCUGCGGCAAGUUCAAGCCGCCGGUCAAUGAAUCGCACGACCAGUAUGCACAUCUGAAUGAGGACGUUGAUCUGGACGACGUGAAUCUUGGUGCGGGCGGAGGCCCCGUCACUUCGCAGCCACGCGAGCAGCCCGGUGGACAGCCUGUCUACGCCAUGCCACCGCCCAGUGGAGCAGCUGUGGGCGUGAAUCCCUUCACGGGCGCACCCGUGGCGGCCAACGAGAAUACGUCGCUGAACACCACAGAGCAGACUACAUACACGCCAGGUAUAUAAAGAGUCGAGCCAGCUAGCCAGCCAGCAGUCGUUGGGUCGGUCGGUCGGACGGUCGGUCAGCCUCCGAAGAGGGGGUGGCAUUAAAACUAAUCCCUAAAGCGUCUUUGACCAUCGAACUUGUUAAAUGUGCGUGACGUAACUCGAACAAAUAUUGUAACCUCCGGUCGUUUUGAACCGAAACUGAAACAAAACAAAACAAACCAAAACAAAACAAAACUCUGUUAACUCUCGAAAUAUCCCAGCCAGCGCAGCGCCCACAUACUCGUACAUACAUACACAACACCUCUCUAGCAGUUAAGCUCUCGUGUACACGAUGUGGCCCAGUCCGAGGGCCGGGCCCGAAUAGCAGUACAUGUAUAUUUUUAAAGUCUCUCCAUGUAUGUAAAGUCUCUGCCAAGCCAUACCAACACGUCCAGCCGGUCAUGGGAUCUGCAUAGACACAUACUCACUUUAGUUCGUACAACUUUUAGUUUGAAACACUGCCUGAUCGAUUGAUUGAUUUGAUUUGAUUUGUUUUAUUUGAUUUGACUGAUGGCCGUCACAUCCUUCCGUUCCACAGGUCUGCGGCACUCGCUCAGUCACCGCUCCUAAGCGCCCUUUCAAGCAUUUUCAAGUUUUUGUGUUUUGUUAACAUCUUAAAUUGAAUUACCAAACUGGCAUCUCUCUCUGUCUCUUGCCACCAAAUAAAUUGCCAUAGAAGGAACGGCACUGCCAUAAUCAGCUGUAAAGUUUAUUCGUGUUACAUAUUUUGUUUACAUUUUGUUCGAUUUCGUUUGUUAUGCAACAUUUGGAAUUUUUAUUUUGUUAUCACAUAUCACUCUCUACUCUAUUCUCUCUUUCUCUCUCCACCUCUAGAUAUGGUUAAACAAAAAUAUUAGGCGAGCCCCAGGCCCCCUGUGCAUGCGUACGUUUCAGAUAUAAAACCACACACACACACACACAGAAACAGAAAGCACAGA